ACCGUCUCAUCUGUUUUGCAGGGCGAUGGUCUUCACAUGAUGGAGAGUCCGUCUUUCAGAGAAAUGGCAAUGGAAAAAACGAGACUGGAGACCUUACCGACACGCCGGCAGCCUUCCUGGGACGAUGGAAAUGAGGCCACGGGCCUCGGUGCUCCAUAGUCAGGACGGCAAUCAUCAGCUUUUGGAACCUUCUGCUGACGUUGUGCUUCAUGUCCCAUGUGGUCCGUCUCCUUCCCACAACCCAAGGCACCAGACGGGAGAAGGAUGGGCCAAUACAUUUAUUAUCUUCUACUGCUGCUACUGAGCUUCGCUCUGGACUCAUCCUCCUAUGGGCCCAACACCAGAGCCCAGAAGAAAGGAGACAUUAUCCUUGGUGGACUCUUCCCCAUCCACUUUGGAAUCAAUUCAAAGGACGAGAUCUUAGAAUCAAGGCCGGAAUCCCUCGAGUGCACCAGAUAUAACUUCCGUGGGUUCCGAUGGUUGCAAGCCAUGAUUUUCGCCAUCGAGGAGAUCAACAACUCAACCACCAUGCUGCCGAACAUCACGCUUGGCUACAGGAUUUUUGACACUUGCAACACGGUCUCUAAGGCCCUGGAGGCCACGCUCAGUUUCGUGGCCCAGAACAAGAUCGACUCGCUGAACCUGGAUGAUUUCUGUAACUGUUCAGAGCACAUGCCCUCCACCAUCGCUGUGGUUGGAGCUACGGGCUCCGGCAUAUCUACAGCGGUGGCCAACCUGCUGGGGCUUUUUCAUAUACCUCAGGUCAGUUACGCUUCCUCCAGUCGACUUCUCAGUAACAAGAACCAGUAUAAAUCCUUUCUGCGCACAAUGCCCAACGACGAGCACCAAGCCACCGCCAUGGCAGACAUCAUCGAGUACUUCCAGUGGAACUGGGUGGGGACUAUUGCCGCAGAUGAUGACUACGGAAGGCCAGGCAUAGAGAAGUUCCGAGAGGAGGCGGAGGAGCGCGAUAUCUGCAUCGACUUCAGCGAGCUCAUCUCGCAGUACACGCCCAUAGAGGAGAUUGAGAAAGUGGUGGACGUCAUCCAAAACUCAACGGCCAAAGUCAUCGUCGUCUUCUCCAGCGGGCCGGACCUCGAGCCGCUCAUCAAGGAAAUAGUCAGGCGUAACAUCACGGGACGCAUCUGGCUCGCUAGCGAGGCCUGGGCCAGCUCCUCGUUGAUCGCUAUCCCCGAAUACUUCCACGUUAUCGGGGGGACCAUUGGGUUCGCUCUGAGGGCCGGCCAAAUUCCAGGAUUUCGGGAAUUCCUCCAGAAAGUUCACCCCAAGAUGUCUGUCAGCAAUGGUUUCCUUAAGGAAUUCUGGGAAGAGACCUUCAACUGCCGCAUGCACGGAGGGCUGAAGAAAAGCGAGGAACAUGGCAACAUUAGCUCCUGCACGGGCCAGGAGAACAUCACCAGCGUGGAGACGCCCUACCUGGAUUAUACUCACUUGCGGAUAUCGUACAAUGUUUAUUUGGCUGUGUAUUCCAUUGCCCACGCCCUGCAGGACAUAUACACAUGCACACCCGGGAAAGGACUCUUCGCCAAUGGAUCCUGCGCGGAUAUAAAGAAGGUGGAAGCCUGGCAGGUCCUGAAACAUUUGCGGCACCUAAAUUUCACCAACAACAUGGGGGAGCAGGUGGACUUCAAUGACUUUGGAGACCUGGUGGGGAACUACACCAUCAUUAACUGGCACCUGUCCAAGGAGGACGGCUCGGACGAAGUGGUCUUUGAAGACAUCGGCCACUACAACGUGUAUGCCAGGAAGGGGGAGAGGCUUUACAUUAACGAGAGCAAGAUCCUGUGGAGUGGAUUCUCCCGCGAGGUUCCAUUCUCCAACUGUAGCCGAAUCUGCCACGAAGGCACCCGGAAAGGGAUUAUUGAGGGUGAACCGACCUGCUGCUUCAUGUGCGAGCAGUGUCCCGAUGGAGAGUACUCAGAUGAGACAGAUGCAAGCUAUUGUGAAAAAUGUGGUCCGGAAAUGUGGUCCAAUGAAAACCACACAUUCUGCAUUUUCAAGGAGAUCGAGUUCCUGUCUUGGACGGAACCAUUUGGGAUUGCGCUCACCAUGUUCUCCAUCUUGGGGAUAUUCCUGACGUCCUUUGUCCUCAGCGUGUUUAUAAAGUUCCGCAACACACCCAUCGUCAAGGCAACAAACCGCGAGCUCUCCUAUCUCCUCCUCUUCUCAUUGCUGUGUUGCUUCUCCAGUUCCCUCUUCUUCAUCGGCGAGCCGGAGGAUUGGACAUGCCGCCUUCGGCAACCGGCCUUCGGCAUCAGUUUUGUGCUAUGCAUCUCCUGCAUCCUGGUAAAAACCAACCGCAUCCUGCUCGUGUUCGAAGCCAAAAUCCCCACAAGCUUUCAGAGGAAAUGGUGGGGCCUGAACCUCCAGUUUCUCCUCGUUUUCCUGUGUACCUUCGUGCAGAUUGUAACGUGCAUCAUAUGGCUGUACACAGCUCCUCCGAGAUCCGCUAAGAAUCACGAGGACGAGAUCAUAUUUGUCAUUUGCAAUGAGGGGUCGUUGAUGGCUCUUGGGUUCCUGAUUAGCUACAUAUGCCUGCUGGCAGGAAUCUGCUUUUUCUUCGCUUUCAAGGCACGGAAGCUGCCGGAAAACUUCAACGAAGCCAAAUUCAUCACAUUCAGCAUGCUCAUAUUCUUCAUUGUCUGGAUAUCCUUCAUUCCAGCCUAUGUAAGCACCUACGGGAAGUAUGUGUCAGCUGUUGAGAUCAUCGCCAUCCUGGCCUCAAGUUUCGGCUUGUUGGCUUGCAUCUUCUUCAACAAGGUCUACAUCAUCUUGUUCAAACCCUCCAGGAACACCAUCGAAGAGGUCCGCUGUAGCACGGUGGCCCACGCUUUUAAGGUUGCAGCCCGAGCCACCCUGAGACGCAGCAACGUGUCCCACAAAAGGUCCAACAGCUUGGGAGGAUCUGCAGGCUCUACCCCAUCGUCCUCCAUCAGCAGCAAGGGCAACCACGACGAACACUUCACGGCUGCCGACCGAGCAAGAAGCUGCAAACAGAAAGUCAGCUUCGGCAGUGGCACGGUCACUUUAUCCCUGAGCUUCGACGAACCUUCCAAGAAUUCGGUGUCCAACAAGGCCAUAAGGCCGAAGAAUUCCCUGGAAGGGAAGAACAGCGAUGACAGCUUGAUGAGACACAAAGCUUUGCUCCCCCUGCAAAACAGCGAUGGCGGGAGCGAAUCCAGCUUCCGGACGGCCUCCAACGUCGAUGAGUCGGAGCAUCAGGAGUCGACCGGCCAAGCCAACCCCGACAGCCAAACCGCGGCGGCUUCUUCGGCUCAGACAGAGAUGAUGAAGAACGAGGUCGAUGGAACGAUGGCAGAAAAUAUGAUGAAAUCUUAA